GGUGGCACGGCAGGCGGAGGGCGAGGCAGCGGAGCAUCGGACGGUGGAGAGCGGCGAGGCACAAAUCUUCUUGGGGAAGGAGACGGCGGAGGACAGAAGGGAGAGCUCACCGCCGACGUCCAAGCCCAAGCCCCGUGGUGGAACAAGAGACCAAAAAUGGUUGUGGAAGGAGAUGCAGCUCCUAGUGAAGGAGGGGGAUCUGCAAACCAUUCUUCUAGGUGGAACUCGAAACGACCCACCGAGCGGCAGACGCGUCGUGUUGAUAUCGACGAGGAGGCAGAGGAUGAUGAGGUUGCUUACCAAUUCUGCUUUGUGAAAUGGUGUAAACGGAAGGCAACCACGCAGGUUGGAGUUGUAGAUGGAGCUGGCACAUCGUCUGCAGCAGCUGCUGAGGGUUGUGGUCUCAUUUGUCUUUUAUCGGGCACUCUUCAGUUUUCGGGUUUGAGUAAGUUUUCUUCAGUGCCCAUUCUUAAUUGUCUUGUCAUCUACUAUCAUUUGAUAUUGUUUGUAGAUGUGAUGAUUUUCAUUUGCAUGGUUGAUUUUGCAUUGAUGGUGAAUUUCGAGCGCAACCAAACUAUAAAUCAGUCACCUCUCUUGAUUUUGUACAUGAUGAAUGGAAAUUGUAUUGUAGCAGCCAUAGGCACAAAGCACACUUGUGCUGAUGGUCCCAGUACCCUAUUUUUGUUAGCUAUUCAGAAACGAUGUUAGUUACAUUACUUACUAUGGUUUAACUAUGGUCGUUAUUUCUUGGUCCAUGGCUUUUGUUAAGUCCUCAACCUUUAUUGACCAUUUCUUGAGUAUUCAGUGUGUUUUAUCUCACCAGGAAUUAGUGUGUGCUUCUUCAGUCUUUUCUCUCUGUUUUCACUCUCCAGGUUGAUUUGUGGUUGUAGAGUGUGAUUCUACGGUCGAUGUACAAUCCUGAAUUCGAGGACUAGUAAAUUUGGUACUUUGGCCAACAAGAUCAGUAUCUGUCUUGUCUUCCAUUGGCGAGCUAGUGGUGUCAUGCAAUUCACUCUAGCAUGGUAUGUUUGAACUCGUCUAGUUGGGAAAAUUGUACCAUCUAAUUUUCAGUCUUACUCUUGUUUUUGUUUCUUCAGUUCCUCUGUCCUCAUUCUCUCUUUCUUUGGACAAUAGAACUUCUGUAUUUUUUUUCUCUUCUACAAGUAUCAAAUUCACAAUAAUGCAAACAUUUUUAAGUACUCAAUCAACUCAUAAAACUUUGAUUUUACCCAACCACUUCAUACAACCACUCACCUACUAAUGUUGUUUCUGUCACAUUAUUUUUCUCUCUGAACCAUUAAAGGCCCUUUUUAUGGUUGAUAUUUGGCUUGUAAUGUGCUAUAAUCUGUCAAACACUACUAGCAAAAAGGCCCGUGCGUUGCAACGGGAGAAAAAAAUACCACAUGCUCUUCAUUUACAAAAAAUGGUCGAUAAUCUGUGAAUUUGCAGCUAUUGCCAAAAAAAGAUGGUCUUAACCUAUAAAAGCAUAUCAUAUUCAGAUUCUACAUAUUUUCCUAAUCAAAUUCCAUAUAUAACAUAUUAAAUUUGGAGUUAUGGUUUAGAAGAUAUGAGUAUUUUAAAAAACAUUUGAUAUGUAGUGCGGGUUUAAUGUCAGAAAUAUUAGGAGGUUUUCUAUAAAAUAGCAAAAUGGACUAAGAAUACCUAUUUAUUUUAUUAGUAGGUAUAUACUUUAGAUGUUCUUCAUUUAUUUUGCUUAUAGCCAUAAGUUGCUCUGGAGAACACUCAGUGUGGGCACCUUUUUGCGAGAACCUGCACGCUUAAGAUGAGGGCAUGGGGGGCGCCAUUUUUGUGCAUUGCUUAACCAAAACUAAAAUAGAGUUGUCCUCCAUGGUAAUAUACUUGUCAUGAUGCCUUUUUACUUCCUUUUUUUAGCUUCUGGUCAUGAAGCUUUUUGUGUUACAUUUUGUAACAUGUUUUGCAUCUGUUUAUUGUGUCGCAUAAGUUUCCAAAUGAACUUGGUUCUGAGCUAAAUAAUUUUUGCAGGUUUCAGCGUAGCUUUUGAAUUUUCCAACAUUUAAGUCUAUCUAUCCUUUUAUUUUUACACAUUUUGCCCAAGUUUUUGUGUUACUAUGUUUCUUUUCCCACCAACAUGAUUGGGAAAAUUUCAUAUGUGAUCAUGCAACAAGAUUCUGUUGGAGGUGGGCGUCCUCAACCCAGUUUUGCAGAUUGUGAACAUGAGCCAGCGAGGGGUUGUCAAGCAAAUCAUUUGGUUCCCAGGAGUGGUUUACUCACGCUGGUGAUGGUGGGAGGUCAAUACAGGAGGGCUAAAUAAGCUACUUGUAGUUGGGUAUACUUCAAAUCCUGAUGGAAGAAAUAAUUCGCAGAGGCUCAUCUCUAGAUAGGGCUUGUCAUGCAAAUGGCUUUCCAUGACUAUCAAACACCUUUUGCCGCCUAAGUAUGGGGAUUGUUGUCUUGUAGUUCAGUUAUGUCAGUUUUUGAAGGUCAGAUUGUCAUGUUUUGCUAUCUAUGGUCAGACGGCAAAACUUGCAGUGCAUGUGUUGGUUUCAUCGGAUC